ACUCAAUCGUAUGGAUAUUAAAGAGUCCCUCGCCGCCCAGAUGUUUUUGUCUCCUCAUCGGCUUCUGGCUUGCUCAACUGUAUAAACAGCCAAGUUCACUCGCUUUGACUUGCGCACCACAGUCGCUUCAGAUCACGGUCGUUUCUUGUCCAUCGCUAGGAAUAUAUUUUAAUACCUAAUAUAAUACUCUUCCGAGUGCAUAAAAGUCACCGCAAUGCAAGGUCUAUUACUGAGCCUGGGGGCUCUCGCCCUCGCCGGCUCUGCCAGUGCUGACUCCAAGCGUAACUACCCCGUUGCGCCUGAGCCAUACCCAACAUACCCGGGUUACCCAACGUAUCCCGAGAGCUCGACCUCGACUGAGGUCAGCACUCCGUCUUCGUCAACGUACCCCGUGAGCUCCUCUACGUCCGUUUCAGUUCCAGGUUACCCAACGUACCCCGAGUCAAGCUCUACAUCGAGUUUCGAGGUUACAAGCUCCGCUUCGGCCUCUUCCUCGUCCGCCAUCAGCUCCUCCACAUCAAUUCCAGGAUACCCAUCGUACCCUGAGUCUAGCUCUACUUCAAGCUUCGAGGUGACGAGCUCCGCUUCGGCUUCGUCUUCAUACGUCGUCAGCUCCAGCUCAGCUUCGUCCGCCGUCAGCUCUUUUACGUCUAUUCCAGGAUACCCGACAUUCCCCGAGUCGAGCUCUACGUCGAGUUUCGAGGUAACAAGUUCGGCUUCGGCUUCGUCCUCGUCCGCUGUCAGCUCCUCUACGUUCGUUCCAGGAUACCCGACGUACCCUGAAUCGAGCUCCACUUCCAGCUUUGAAGUGACAAGCUCAGCUUCGUCGUCUUACCCGGCCAGCUCCAGCUCUACCUCUUCAUCCGAGGUCUCCGGCUCUAGUUCCACCGAGGCGAUAUCUUCCACGUCCGUCCCCUCGUCCCCGAGUAGCUCAAUCUCAAUCUCAAUCUCGAGCUCCGAGAGUAGCACUCCCUCUUCUUCCAGUGCUAUCACUCUAUCGACUACAUCUAUUCCGUCGUACCCAACUUACCCCACCGGCGGUGCCAGCUCGUCUUCGUCUGAGAUUAGCUCCACCUCGAGCUUUGAGGCUAGCAGCAGUUCUUCCUCUACCUUGGUCCCCAGCAGCAGCAGCAGCUCCGUUGUGCCCCCUUACCCCACCGCUCCUACAACACUUCCCACUGGUGUUUCCAGCACUUCGGGUACUGCCCCUAUAACUCUGCCCACCGGCGUAUCUUCCUCCAGUGUAUCAGUUUCUACUGGUUCCACCACUGUUCCGACUGGCGUUUCUUCCUACAGCGCAUCGGUUCCUACCGGCUCUACCUCUGUCCCCAUUGGUCACUCUUCCUCUUACAGCACGUCGGUCCCUAUUGGUUCCACCUCUGUCUCCGCUGGUGUGUCCAGCUCUUCGGUUCCUACCGUCUCCAUCUCUACCUACGUUCCGACCACUGGAGUAGAGUACCCCACCAGCGUUCCCGGUAGCACAAUAACGCUGAGCACAACGCUGAGCUCCACCAGGUACACUACUUCCACUAUCUACACGACGACCAGGUACACCGUUACUUCUUGCGCGCCUACUGUCACCAACUGCCCGGGUACUCCUCACGUCACUACUGAGACUAUCCCCCUCACUACUACAGUAUGCCCUGUAACGUCCACUUCGGAGACUGCUACUGCUCCAGGAUUUCCCACCUCCAACACUUCCGAGGAGCACCCGACCACAAGCCUGACUAAGGGACACCCGUCUUCCAGCCCCACUGCUCCUGGCUAUCCUACGUCUGCCCCUACUACUGAGUACUCCACCUCGACCAUCUACUCGACCACUAUCCGCACUAUCACUUCUUGCGGACCUGAGGUUACCAGCUGCCCCGGCAAGCCUGGCCAGCCGCAUACCACCACUGAGACCAUCUCUGUCGGUACUACCGUCUGCCCUGUGACCCCGAUCGAGACUCCUACCGUCACCAAGACUCUCACCCCUUACCCCACUGGUCCCAUUGAGACCCCUGGCGAGACCCCUUCCCCCACUGGACCGGUUGAGACACCCGGUGAGACUCCUUAUCCUACUGGACCGGUUGAGACUCCGGGUGAAACUCCCUACCCUACCGGCCCCGUAGAGACGCCUGGUGAGACUUCUUACCCAAGCGAGACCUUCACUCCUUACCCGACUGAGACUCUCACCCCCUACCCGACCAAGUCUUUCUCGCCCUUCCCGACUUUCACAUCCACACCUUUCCCCACUGGAUACCCGACCGGCCCCAGCAGCUUGACGACUUCCAUCAAGACCCCGCCGCCGUACCCUACCGUUGUGCCCAGCGUCAGCACUGAGGUACCUCAGCCCCCUGCCGGCACUGGUAGCCCCGUUCCUCCCCCGGCCCAGUCUUCCACCACCGGCUACCCUACCAUUCCGACCGCCGCUGCCGCUCACCUGGAGCGUGGUUUCGGAUUCGUGGUCGCCGCCGCUGUCGCUGCUGCUCUUCUAUAAGCGACAUAGGUGCGUAUAAAGGCUUGCAUACAAAAGGGUGUUUUAAGGUUUGGUGAGAUUGCUUUGUUUUAAGCAGGUUUGGAUGAGGAUACAUGACUAGGAAUAGGUUAAAAUGGCUUAGAAAAGGGGUUUAGCCACCAUUUUAUAUAGCUAUCUAUUUAAUUUCACGAUUCAUUUGUCGUAAUAUUCGUAUAUAAAAUUAUAAAAAACCAUUUUGGUAA